GCGCUGCGAUCUGGGAGAGACGACCUGAACUGACGGGACUGGGUUCCCGGAGCACCCCAGCUGCGGGGAGUAUUAACGGCAACAUCCAUAGUAGUGUAAAAACUUUCACAAUGAAAUCUGAAGCCAAGGAUGGAGAAGAGGAGAGUCUACAAACUGCUUUCAAGAAAUUAAGAGUGGAUGCAUCAGGGUCCAUAGCAUCUCUGUCUGUUGGAGAAGGCACAAAUGUCAGAGCAUCAGUCAGAACAUCAGCAGAUGAUACCAAACCGAAAACCUCAUGUGCACCUAAAGACAGUUGGCAUGGGUCUACAAGGAAGUCUUCACGAGGAGCAGUAAGAACCCAGCGUCGUCGACGUUCUAAGUCUCCUGUCCUUCAUCCUCCAAAGUUUAUACAUUGCAGUACAAUAGCUUCUUCUUCCAGCAGCCAGCUCAAGCACAAAAGCCAGACUGACUCCCCUGAUAGCAGCAGUGGGCUGGGAAUUUCCACCCCUAAAGAGUUCACUGCAGGAGAAUGCUCUACUUCUCUCGAUACUAAUCCCACAGGGGCAGUCGUUGAGCCUUUGAGAACUUCGGUUCCCAGGCUCCCAUCAGAGAGUAAGAAGGAAGACUCCUCUGAUGCUACCCAAGUCUCCCAAGCAAGUCUCAAGGCCAAUGAUCACUCUGACUUUCGAUCCGUUUCCAAGCUAAACCAGGGCAAGCCAUGUGCAUGCAUAGGCAAGGAGUGCCAGUGUAAGAGAUGGCAUGAUAUGGAAGUGUAUUCCUUUUCAGGCCUGCAGAGUGUCCCUCCCUUGGCCCCAGAACGAAGAUCCAUGCUUGAGGACUAUUCUCAGUCGCUCCACACCAGAAGUCUGUCUGGCUCCCCCCGCUCCUGUUCUGAGCAAGCUCGAGUCUAUGUGGAUGAUGUGACCAUUGAGGACCUGUCAGGCUACAUGGAAUAUUAUUUGUAUAUUCCCAAGAAAAUGUCCCACAUUGCACCUGAUAGCAAGAAGCUAAGUAAUAUGCUUUAAACCAAUGAAGGGUUGUCAGAGAGAUUUAGUUAAUGGCAGACCUUGCGGCCACGUUAUGUGAGAAGACAUCUCCUUCUGCUCACUGUGCUUGCAAUAAAAACUUUUCUUGGCAUCUCA